GCCCCCUGAGGCCGCGGGGUGCGGGCGGAAGCGGGAGCGGCGCCAUGGGGGCCGUGCUGGGCGUGUGCUCGCUCGCCAGCUGGAUCCCCUGUCUGUGCAGCGGUGCCUCGUGUUUGCUGUGCCGAUGUUGUCCCAACAGCAAGAAUUCGACGGUGACACGUCUGAUCUAUGCCUUCCUCCUCCUCCUCAGCACUGUGCUUGCCUGCAUUAUGCUGGCGCCAGGCAUGGAAGAGCAGCUGAAAAAGAUCCCUGGAUUUUGUGAUGAGGGGCUCCACACCCGGCUGCCCCACCUGGAGGGCUUUGUGAGCUGUGACGUGUUCGUGGGGUACAGAGCUGUGUACAGGGUCAGCUUUGCCAUGGCCGUGUUCUUCUUCCUGCUCUCCCUGCUCAUGAUAGAGGUGAAGACAAGUAACGACCCCAGAGCCUCCAUUCACAACGGGUUCUGGUUCUUCAAAAUAGCUGCCAUUGUGGCCAUCAUGGUUGGAGCAUUUUACAUCCCCGAAGGGCCCUUCACAAGAGCUUGGUUUUGGAUUGGUGUUUCUGGAGCCUUCUUCUUCAUUCUCAUCCAGCUGGUGCUUCUUGUGGACUUUGCUCACUCCUGGAAUGAGAGCUGGGUUGAUAGAAUGGAUGAGGGAAAUGCUAAAUGUUGGUAUGCAGCUCUGCUGUCCUGUACAAGCUUGUUCUACGCCUUGUCCCUGGUUUUUGUCGUUCUCUUCUACGUUUUCUACACGAAGCCUGAUGACUGCACUGAGAACAAGUUCUUCAUAAGCUUUAACAUGAUCCUGUGUGUUGCUGUCUCCAUUGUUUCUAUCCUUCCAAAAGUUCAGGAACAUCAGCCUCGCUCUGGGCUCCUGCAGUCGUCUGUCAUCACCCUCUACACCAUGUACCUCACCUGGGCAGCCAUGUCCAACGAGCCUGAAAGAAACUGCAACCCGAGUUUGCUGAACAUCAUCACCCAGAUAGCUGCACCCACGGCUGUUCCAGCCAAUGCCACUGUCCCACCUGCCACUCCCGCUCCGCCCAAGUCCCUGCAGUGGUGGGAUGCCCAGAGUGUUGUUGGACUGGUCAUCUUUGUCCUUUGCCUGUUGUAUUCCAGCAUCCGCUCCUCCAGUAACAGCCAGGUGAACAAGCUGACGCUGUCUGGCAGCGACACUGCCAUCCUGGAGGAGACCCUGGGGAGCGGCAGCGGGGCCGCGGAGGAGGGGGAAGUGCGCCGUGUGACGGACAACGAGAAGGACGGCGUUCAGUACAGCUACACCUUCUUCCACUUCAUGCUCUUCCUCGCCUCUCUUUACAUCAUGAUGACGCUCACCAACUGGUACAGCCCUGAUGCAGAUUUCAAGACAAUGACAAGUAAGUGGCCGGCCGUGUGGGUGAAGAUAACCUCCAGCUGGGUUUGUCUGCUUCUCUAUCUCUGGACCUUAGUGGCUCCUCUUGUCCUUACUAAUAGAGACUUCAGUUAACUUGCUGCAGUUGUCUGAGCUUACAAAAGUGAGGAACUCUUCUGCUGAAAGCCAAAAUGUUCAUUUAUUGCUUUAGUUACUGUUUCUUACGUUGAUAUUAACGUGCAGUUGGAUGGAAAGUUACGUAUUGCAUAAAGCUUGAUGCAGCAUCAAAAUUAUCAUCAGUUAUCUAUUUUAACCUUCAUCAGGGUUAUCUUAUUACUGCAUUUUUAAAAAUCACUACAGCUGUGCUGUCAAAGCACAAAAGAAACUUAUCUGUUCUGUCCAAUAGCCACAACCUUCUGUUGAAUAGAAGUAACAUUUAGCUAAAUAUGAAGUAAUAUAUUUUAAAGAACACUUAUAUUCAGCAUAAUGCACUAGUAUGCUAAGGCUUCAGUUUCUGGAAGUGUAAGCCAUGCUGCUUGAUUUCUACAUUCCACUGCAAAAGUUUAUUUAAAGGAAAACUUUAUUUAAAUUACUUAAUUUUUUGUUGUGGCAAAAAAAACCCAAACAAUGCCCUUUGUUCCUCACCAAAAGAACAGAACUCUGAGAUUGAAAAACUGAUUAAUUCUUUUUAAGAACAGACUUGCCCUUUCUAAGGAGCAACUUCUAUGGUAACUUCUUUUUUAGUACGUUUGUCAAUUAGAGUGGUAAGUGUAUCAGUAGCUUAAUCAACUUUAUGAUUAUGUUGGAAAACCAGAGCUUGUUGAUGGGUUAAUUUCACUUGUCUGAUAGGCUUAUAAAAAUAUUGUAUGUGAAAUUAUUAUUAUUAUUACUAUUGGCACUAAGGCAUUUGCACUGUAAACUCAUUUGAAUAAAGCAGACUAACUACUGAAA